CUUGUCAUGACAUGUCAUCAACUGUCAGUGAUGUGGCCCAAAGAGAAACGAAUUGUCAAAUUAUGAAAAAAUGUUUGGUUUUAAGUUCUUAUAUUUUAUUAUACUUACCUUAAACCUAAAUAAAAGCAAUGGCCAGAUCUCGGACAAGCGUCUGUGUGUGGACGAAAAAUGCCAAGAGCCUGUUUCACUCGCUAGGACCCUUUUAACUUAUUCGAGCCCCGAUUCCAGAAUACUGUCGUUUCCCGUAAAUGCAGAAGUGAAAAUCUUUAGUAAAGAAGCUGGUUCAAGAGCAGAUCUAUGGGGGGCUGAAAUCAAUGGAAAACGGGGCUAUGUCCCCAAGAAAUACGUUAGAGAAUUAAAAAUGUAUAAUGUACCCACUCUACUAGUGGACACUGACUUUAAGGACAGCUCUGAAGUGCCUUCAGUCAAACUUAUGGUCCAACCAGAUAGUGUCAAACAACCAUAUGAAGUAAUUGUAGGAACCACAGUGUACAAGGUGGAAACUAUGGAUCACAGUACCAGUGGAACCCCUUCUUUAACAGAAGAACCAGUAAGUGAUGCUAAACUUGACAAUGAACACAAAGAAGGUGGAGUUCAAGGGGUAUUAUCUUCUAUAAAAAGUUGGGUAUCUGAAGGAAUAGAAUCAGCAAUGAAAGACAAUGGUGAAGAUGUUAUGGAUGAGGAUGAUGAUGACUUUGAGAUUGAUGAUGAAGAUGAAGAUACCGCUGUGGAUAAGGUUAUAACAAAUUCAGAAUUUAGUAAAAAGGAAUCACAAUCAGCAACUAAUGAUCUAAAAGAAAAAUUUGAGAAUCAAAUGAUACUAAAGGUACAAGAUGAUUCUAUUAGAAGUUUGAAAGAAACGAUUGAGAAACAAAAACUACCUGAGGUACCAGUUGAUACCCAAAUACUUGGUGAAGAUAUAAAUCCUGAAAUAAUAGAUUCUGAAGAUAACGGAACCAAACUAGAGAAGAAAGAAAAUAAACAGCCAGCACAAUCUGAUUAUGUUCUUGAUAGAAAAGAAGAACACACUGACAAACAAGAACAGAUUGAGAUAGCGAAAGCUACUAAUGAGAAUAAAGCUACAAAAAGUACUGAUCAGUCAACUACAAGUCUUGUAAAUGCCAAUAUGGAGGUCACUACCCCUUCAUUUUUCUUAGACAGUAUCGCACCUUCAAGCAUAUUUAAAGAAGCUGUUGCUCAAAACCCUUUAGAAAACUCCCAAGAAUCCCAGGUGAGUAAUAUACCAGACAAAGAUCAUAAAAGUGCUGAGGUUCACUCAACAUUAACUGACCAGGAAUCUAAAAAUGAAGGGGCCAAUACAGUAUUUCCAGAUGAAAUGAACACUAAGACUAUAGAGAGUAAAGAAAAAAUUGAGAAAUCAAGUACUGAAGGGGAGACUACUCCUGGGAACGUGUCACCAUCAAUUGACAAAUUAGAAAAAUUGGGAGAAAUUGAAAAUAAGGAAUUCACACUGGAUCAGAAUUUAAAUAACAAAGUAGACAAAUCCGGAGAAAUCAUACAUCUUGUACAAAUUGAACCAGAAACUAGUCAAGAGUCACAAGAUACUGAAGAACCUCCACAAUUAUCACCUUUAGGUGGGCUUUUCAUUGCUUUCAAAUCUUCACACGAUGUUGUGAAGGAUCUUAAUGAUAACACUCUUGAUUCUUCAGAGAGCAAACAUGUAAAUGAACCUAGUAACAGUUUUGGAAGUGACACUUCAGAUAUAUCACAUACCACUGAAGAUACAUAUUCUCAUGUAAACACAGAUCAAACUGUUGGUAGUGGAUUGAGUAUUUUAGGCACAAGACAUCUACUUUCAGAUGAUAAAUCAAAACAAGGUAGUCAAGAAGUUUUGAGUGAUAAUAAAUUGGCUGAAGAAAAUAAUGACAUUGAAAGUAAAGAUGCAGAUACUUCUACAGUUAAUAAUGAUGGAACUGAUGUUAUAAGUAGUAAUAAUUUAUCUAGUAAAAAUGAGAAAGAAACUGACAAAGAAAAGGAUGAUACUGAACAAAAUAUUCCUGGGAUGCAAGAAAACAUUAAAAAAGAAAAUAAAAAUGAUCACAUAACUGAAAAUACCAAAAUACCACAUCAGGAAAAAGUAAUGGAUAUAGGCAAAAUGGGUGACAAUAGAGUUGAACAAGAAAUUCUAACUCUUCAAGAUGAAGUAAAAGAAGAUUCUGUAACAAAAUCCAGAGAUUCUUCAGAAAAUCUGCCUGAAGAAAGUAGUGGAUUUUUCGUUACCUUUAUGUCAUGGUUUGGUAUGUGUGAUUCUAAAACAGAAACUCAGUUAGAAACUUAUAACCAUCCUCAAAGUAAAGCAGAAGAAAUUUUGGAAAAUGCUUGUGAGAAUCAACCACAUAAAGAUACCAACUUAGAUCACUGUGAUGCAAACUCAUAUUCUUACUUUAACUUCAAUUCAGAUAUGUUUUUGUACUUGGUAACUUCAGCUAUAUCUUGCAUUAUGUUUUUGGUCAUAUAUAUGGCAUUUGAUAGAAGUAAGAAAGAAGCACCCCUUAUAGCUAGAAUAAACAAACUUGAGAAAGAAUUAUUAGUAGCUCUCAAAGAGAAUGAGAUGCUUCAAGAUAAAAAUGGAGCAACAGAAGUGCCUGAAGAGGUGAUUGAAGAAUUUAAGAAUCAAUUGUCUGAAAUGCAGGCAACUAGAGAUCAUAUAAAACUGCAAGUUAUGGAGUUGGAAAUGCAAAUCAAAAAGAAAGAUGAGCAAAUUGAGAGUCUAGAAAAGGAGUUGGAAACAUCCACAGAAGUUGGAAUGGAACUCAAUAGGAUAAUAUCUGAGAUGCUGGAUCCUACCAAUGGUAAUGACAGGUUGAAAGAGAAUUUUGACCAGUUACAACGGCAGCUCUUAGAGCAGAAGGAUACCAUAAGUACCAUGACUCAAUCAUUGACUGCCAAAGUAGCAGAUAAUACUCGGUUGCAGACAGAGCUUGAAGCUUCUCAAAAAAUUGCAGCUGAUGCUCAGGAACAGCUAAACAAGCUGCUAGAAAAGAUGAUACAAUUGGAGAAAGAUAAAGACAGUCAGUGUAGCAUGUUUCAAGGGGAAAUGGGUGUUUUGCAAAGAAAGGUAGAGGAGAGUGUUAACAGAGAAGAGGAAUUCACCAAGGAGAUUCAGGUACUCAAAGUCCAAAUAUCGGAAGUGCAGAGGCAAUAUGAACUAAAAGUUAAGGAAUACUCGAUGCUAAGAGAGAAUGUAAACAACAUAAAAUCUUUGAAGCAAGGCCACAAUCUCCAAAUGUUGCUUGACUCGACUGAAGCUAGUGCGCAGUUAGAACAGCUGAAAACGGAAAAUGAGAGGUUUUCAGUGCAACUACAGCAAGAACAGAUAUCUAAGGCAAAUGCUGAACAGAAAUGGAGGACAGCUUUGGAGGCCAUUGGAGAUUUGCAACGAAAAUAUGAGUUGGCUGAUAAGGAAAAGACUGAGGUCAACAUGAAGCUAGAGGUGUUGAAUACUUAUUUCAAGAAAAGAGAGACUGAAUUACAAGAGGAAGUUAUAAAAUACAAGUCAAUAUUUGACGCUAAGAAAGGAGAGGCCACAUCAACUACCGAACGAAUAAAGUUGAUGCAAGAAGAAAUCGAGAAUUACAAAUCUCAAAACGAGAUGCUGAAGCAGGAGAUUAUAUCCCAAGAAAUCGAUCUCAAAAGCCAAAUAUCUCUUCUGGAGAAGAAGGUUCAUGAGAAUUGGCUGAUGGCUAGGCAGACAGAGAGGAAGUUAGAGGAGGCAAGGCAGGAAGCAGCACAACUGAGGAACAGACUGACGCUCAGGGAAAUCGCUAUUAACGAGGAGAGAAUACAAAAUAGACUGCAAUCACCGGUAACCAUCGACCACCACCAACAUCACGGUCUUCACCAGCAGAACGGCGACGCCCUAUCACCUGCACCACCAACCAUGUCGCCGCCCCCUCCCUUAUUCGGCGCGCCAUCUGCCGCCUCCCCUCCCCUACCCGUGGGCGGUCUACCUCAUCCUCCCUUCUUGCCGCCCCCAUUCAUGCCCCCACCGCCGAUGCCGUUCAUGCCUCCACCGCCGCCUCCAGGACCACCGGGGGAUCGCAGGCCACCCCCGCUAGGCAGGAUGUCUUCACCGCCUCCGCCGCUUAAUAACAGAUAUUCUCCAGACACAUCAGCCUUUUCUCCGUACGACCGUUACAGUCCUUCGCCCCCUUAUGAUUCUGAGUAUGGAGCUUCGCCACCACCCCUAAGGGCCUACAGUCCCUUCAGCAGGGAAGACAGGAGGGAUGCCACCUCUGGAAAGAGGGCACCACAUAAUAGGACUAGCAGACAUAUGAAAGGUGGAGUGACGAGUUCAGGAUCGGAACAUUCAAAUGAUUCAGUAGAUAAAAUAAAUCGAAAGCAAACAAAAAUGGUCUAGCGAAGUUUUUUUGUCUCUUGUUUUUGUCCUACUUAUGAUCUAGAGCUGAAGUCAACUCGUAUUAAGCCAAAAGAGUAAACUUUAAAUCUCUUUUUGAUUUCAUUCAGAUGUUCAUGCUACUUAGGACACUUUAAUGUCAGCAUAUUUAAAUUGUAUCAAACGCAUGCUUCCUGUAACACGUGGUUUUUGUUAUUUAAUAUGUUAGUAUAUUUUUAAAUUUGUAAAAUAUGUAAAAAUAUAUAUAAAAGUACUGUUUAAAUAAAAGUAUUUAUA